AACGACGUGCAAGGCUCGGUUGUGGAGUUUGACAGAGCGCUACAGCUGGACCCCUCGCAGGAGCCAUACCUUUGGCAGCGAGGCCUUUCACUCUACUACCUUGGAAAAUUCCAGGAAGCAGCGGAGCAGUUUCGCAAGGACGUGGCGGUGAACCCCAACGACACAGAGGAGGCCAUCUGGUGUUUCUUGAGUGAGGCGCGCGUGGUGGGCGCACAGCAGGCGAGGCAGCAGUUUCUGCUCGUGGGGCAGGACCCUCGGCCUGUCAUGCGCGCUGCCAUGGACGUCUUUCAGACGGGCGGUGACCCUAAGAAGAUCCUGGCAGCAGCGGCGGCUGACUUUGGGCGGCCAUCUGCACUGUUCUAUGCAAAUCUCUAUGUUGGUCUGUUCCAUGAGAGCGAGGGCGACCAGGAUCAGAGCAGGCGUUACAUUCUCGAGGCUGCACAAUCCCCUUAUGGGCUCAG